GAGGAAAGUGGUGGUAUGUCGUACUCAUUUGGAGUGGUUGUGUUCGUCCUAGAUACAAAUUACAGCGCAGCAACUGGUUAUGAUUUUUUGUCUAGCUGUGGCGAAAAUGGCUAACUAGCUAGAUUUCUUGUUAGCCAACUUGUCAGCCAUGAUGUCCCAUGGAUUUAAAAGCAGUAAACAAGACUUCACAUUUGGACCCUGGAGAGUUACCGCCGCGAAAACCCACAUAAUGAAAUCUAAAGACAUUGAACGCUUAGCGGAUGAGAUGCAUAUGCCCUCUCUGCCCGAGAUGCUGUUUGGCGACAACGUGCUGCGCAUUCAGCACACAGAUGGUUUUGGUAUCGAGUUCAAUGCCAUUGAUGCCCUCAAGCGCGUGAACAACAUGGAGGAUUCCGUGAAAGUAGCCUGUGCCCAGGAGUGGCAAGAGAGCAGAGCGGACUCUGAACAUUCCAAAGAAGUGGUGAAACGGUAUGACUGGACCUACACUACUGAUUACAGAGGCACCUUGCUGGGGGAUGAGUUGAAGAUAAAGGUGACGCCCACCACAGAGCGUAUCGACAUGGAGAAGCUGAAAGCCCGUGAACAGAUCAUGUUCUUCGAGGAGGUUCUGCUGUUCGAGGAUGAGCUGCAUGACCACGGCGUCUCCAUGAUCAGUGUGAAGAUCAGAGUGAUGCCCACAAGUUUCUUUGUGUUGCUGCGGUUCUUCCUGCGAGUGGAUGGAGUUCUGAUCCGCAUCAAUGACACACGAGUCUAUCACGAGGCUGGUAGGAAUUACAUGUUGAGAGAAUUCAGCACCCGGGAAAGCAAAGUUUCUGCACUGCGGCACGUGCCCCCAGCCCUGUACACCGACCCAAACGAGAUCGCUCAGCACCUCCCGCUGCGGCUCACCGAGUGCGAGAAGCUUGAGAUGCCCGAGCUGAACCUGCCGUCGAGUUCCACCGACAUGCAGCAGUGAGCAAGAGAGACCCAGCCGGACACCGGAAUCCCUCUGGCUCCAGUCGGACUCUGGCGUGGGGAUGGAGGAUAGAGGCUAACCCUUCCCUCCCACAGAAACCCAGAUCUCUCUCUGACGGACGAUACGUGCACAUUUCCAUCAAGCACAAGAUCCCCGAAGGCCCGAUUUGGCAUGAUUGAGGGCUCUGUUUAAUCGGGGAUGGUGUCUUUUUCAUGACAUAAUCUGUCUCAUUUCUACAUAUUUAACUGUCAAGCUUUAAAAUGGUGCAUAUCACAUUUUCUUAUUUAAAGUCUGUAGAAUGGUUUUUGGGCUUAUUGUAAAUCAUAACACCGAGCUUUUCUUUUUUGACACUGAACAGUGGUAGAAAUAUGCACGAUUAACAAGACAUACAGGACUGCUUUUAUGUAGUAAGCUUGCCAGUAUCCCUUGCAGGGCUAUGUAAAUUAGCUGCCUUUGUAUCCGAGCCAGAGAUGUAACAUUUGUGUAUUUUGUUAUAUAUUUAAAAAUGAAAUGUAUAGUUGUGGCUUCAUCUUUAGGGGGCUUUCAGAAUCAAGGUUGAGUCUUUUUGGAUGUGUGAAAAUAUUACUUUUAAACAAAACUUUAGGUCUCUGUUUUUUUGAACAUUUGCAUAAUAUGUAUUUAAAACCUUGCAGGAAAAAAACAUCCAUUUCUCAGCUGAUGUCCAUCUUGCACCCUGUUGUCCUGACUUUGUAUAUUGGGAUUCUAAAUAUGUUCUAAAUCUGAAUCUGAUUUUUCGGACAAGUUUUUUUUCGAAGUGUUUCGAGUCUGUAAAUAAGGUCUAAUUAACUGUGAUAAGCCCUCUGACAUGAGUUCAAUACUCGUUCACACUUUUCUACAUGUUUUAAGGCCGUGUUAGCAGCCAUACCACCUGCAAUUCAAACUAGGUAAUCGACCUGAAGUUAAGCAGGUUUGGGCCUAAGGGGAAAACAUCUAGAAAAGCCGGGUUGCUGCUGGAAGAGGUGUUAGUGUGGCCAGCAGGUUAGCCCGUCCUGUGGUCAGUGUGGAUCCCAGUGCACUGACGGGGACACUGUGGCCAGCAGGUUAGCCCAUCCUGUGGUCAGUGUGGAUCCCAAUGCCCCAGUGCAGUGAUGGGGACAUUAUGCUGUAAAAACAGUGCCAUCCUUUGGAUGAGACGUAAAUCCGAGGUCCUGACUCUGUGUUCAUGAAAAAGAUCCCUGGGUAGAGGUGGUACCCUGAUCUCCUGGCUAAAAUUGCCUACUGUGACUCUUUAAAAUCUAACCUCGCAAACCAAUGUUUCCCAACCCAGUCCUCAGGGAUCCCCAGACAGUCCACGUUUUUGCUCCCUCCUAGCCAAUCAGGAAUACCAAGUACAGGUGUGCUGGGAGCAGAGCGGAAGCAAAAACAUGGACUGUCCCAGGGUUCCACGAGGACUGGGUUGGGAAACACUGACACCUAAUCAUUUCCCAUAUCUAAAUGGUGAAUUCUCUCCUUCCCUUCACCACCUUAGCUACUGUGUGGUGAGCCUACUGGUGCAGAACGGCUGCCAUCACAUUACCCAAGGUGGGUGCUACACAGGGGUAGGGUCACCACCUAUUCCGAUUUUGCCGGGAUUGUCCUAUUUUUUUGAGCAAUGUUCCCAGAAAAUUAAUAUUCUUUCCCGGUUUCGUGUGAAUAUGUAUAUCUAAUUUAGGAUUUCGUAGUUUCAAAUAAAACAUCAGUUUGUUUCUUUC